GAGGAAGACCAGUCCGAUCCCCGUGUCUGAUUCUGCAAGUCUCAACCCUAAUUAUCCUCGAAUUUCAUCUAAAGAGGUGUAUGCAACAAUAUUACGAAGCAACUCAUAUGGAGUGUGAAAUUAGUCCAAAGCAUCUGUUGCAGAAAGAUGCUAGUGUUCCUCAAGACUUUGCCAAAGCCAAGGAAUCCCAUGACUCGAUAGAUGAAGCUGGAAUGGUUCCUGAUCAUAAGGUAGAUACUCAAUAUGAAGCCUUGAUCAUUUCAACAGAUGCUGCAACAAAUCAAAAACAUUUAAAUGCUUUCCUGAGCUCACUUUUGAAGGCAAUGAAUAAGCAUGUUGAUGUUGGGGUGUUCAAAGAGCCCGUUGAUGUGCCAAAUGUCAUCCAUGAUCCAAUAGAUCUGAAGACCAUAACAGAACGAGUUGAAUCGGGGAUAUGUUAUGUCACAGUUGAAAUGUUUGUGGCCGAUGUGAAGAGGAUGGUUGCCACUGCACGCAUUUUACAUGGGCCGAAUUCAAUGCAUCGUCGUUGUGCAGACAGGUUUGAAAAGUAUUUUGACAUAAGAGUGAAUUGUGAGUAUAUUAUGUGGGCUCUUUAGUUCUUCGCACUAGAACCAAUCAUCAAGUGCAAAUCUUUGAAUAAAUUUAAGUAUGAAAAUGAAACAUUCAUUUUAAUGAUAAUUUCCUUUCCCGAUUCUAAAUAUUUUACUCUUAUCUUUUAUAAUAAAAUUUUCAACCAAUAAAUAAGAUGAUUUUUU